AUGGCAGACGACGGGCCUCCGCUUUUGAAGCCAGUCCCCCGGCGACCAUUCAAUGUCAACCUCACAAGUGCCACGCCUCCCUCUGACGACAGUGAUCAUGACGAGCGUCCAGAACUCGACCGCUCCCAGUUCCUGCUCAACCCGUCCGACGCUACACCCUCCAUGAGCCGGUCACCAUCCUCCAUGAACCUCACCUCCUCGACCCUGCACGGCAUCUAUUCGCCAACCACAUCCGGCGGCCAAGAUGCAGACUUUGACGAGGGCGAGACACCAUGGGGCACAGGGGCCAGGACACCCGUCCGCAGAACAAGCGUGGACGAGGCCACCUACGAGCUCAUGGUCGGAAGGGCCCAUGUCAACCGCCGCCGGUCCUCCCACAGAACCUUGGACACCACCAAGCCACACUCGACGCCAGGUUGUGGCCCAGUGGCCACUGCCAUCUCGUAUGGCCUGCGCGCGAUGCUCUUGUUCGCCCUGGGCGUGGGGUAUGGCGUCUUGCUCGCCAAGUUCCAGGACGGUAACGCGUGGGCCCCUUCGCAGUCGCACAACUUCAAGAACCUCGCUUUCUGGGGAAUGGCGGCGACAGUAUGGGGUGGGAUGAUGCCGUGGCUGGACAGCCUGUGGCACGACGUGUUUGGCGAGGAAACGAGGGAGAACGAGGUCGCGAUCACGGUCGAGACCGAUUCCAACAAUGGCUCGGAUCCUGCGACGGAUUGGGCGAUUGUCAUGCGUGCCAUUGGCGUCUUUGUCGGUAUCAUGCUGGCCAUUCGCAAAGUCGCCUGGGUAUCGACCCUCCAAGUUUCGCUGACACUGGCCAUGGUCAACCCUCUUCUUUGGUGGCUUAUUGACCGCUCCCAGGUCGGCUUCAUCCUCUCCGCCGCUGUCGGUCUCGUCGGCUGGCUCAUUGCCAUGGGCGUCGACCCCCACAUGGUGCCCCUGCCGCCGUCGUCCCACCUCGCUCUCAUCCGGGCCGGCGGUCUUGCGCCGGGCGGUGCCAACCGGACCGUGACAGCGCCGGCGAAGAGUGCGGAUGCGUCAUUCCUCCUGGCUCACAUUGCGUCUCAGGAGACCGUCGAGACGGGCAUUUGGAUGCUCAGCGUGCUGUUCUGCAGCUGCCUUUGCUUCGGCAACAUUGGCCGGAGGCUGGCUUGGGAACCGUCGUCUGUCGGGCGCGGUCGCUGGGGAGGUGUGAGAUAA